AUGUGGGAGCUGAUGAACAACAUCUUGAUCAAGAAGGGCCUCUCCUCCUCGGAAGGCGGCCCGUGCAGCACCGAGGACGAUUCUGGCACGAUGGCCUACGUCAUGAAGGCGGGCGGGUGCCAUGUCCAGCAGGGCUUCCAGCGCGACUGCGGCAGCAAGGAGCACGGCCGAUACGUCGUGAACAUCUGCGAGUUCUACUGGAGCUGGGGCUUCGGAACCGAUUCGCGCGUGGGCACCGUUGUGCACGAGUCCGCGCACCACUUCGGCACGACCGACCAUGGCUACUGCGACAUGGUGGACUGCCUGGCGCUCUCCUCGCGGAAAGCCCGCGACAAUGCCGACACGUAUACGAGGCUGAUCGGGGAGCUGGUCGCGUCCAGCGAUCUGCAGGAGGACCGUCUUGGAGGCGAGCAUCCCUCGUGCAACACUGACUGUGGUGCGGUGGUAUGGGAGGAGUGGGAAUUCAGCGCCUCGCUACCCAGCGGAACAUGUGGCAGGUGCGAGUCGAAGAAGAAGAAGAAGGUCAUGGGCCUGUGGGGCUCAGAUUGCGCCGACGAUGAGAUACAGGCGGCCGAAGGCUUUGUCAAGAACGUGUGCUGCAAACCCUAUCAGUGCGCCACAACCACCACCACGACGACGACGACCGAGGAGCAGAAGUCAUCUGGUAAAGGGUUUAGGUGGCCGUGGAAGAAGUAG